CAGUCAAAAAAUUCAAAUAAGAUCGCCAAGAUGCAACAGCAAGGCAACGUUGCGACCGCUGCCACAUCGACGGCUGUUCAGCAAAAGCAGCAGCACCAACAGCAACAACAACACAAACAACUGCAGAAUAAUAACUCUACAACAAUAACCUUGCCGAAGGCUUCGCAUGCAAACACAAAUGAAGAGAUCGCCGGCGGUGUGCAGGACACCAUUUACCUUUGCAAUUUUCGCGUCUCCGUCGACGGCGAUUGGUUAUGUCUGAAGGAGCUACAAGAUCUUGACAUUGGGCAGCAGCAUAGCGGUGGGAGUGGCACUACAACGGGCUGUGGUCUACAGCGUGGCGCACAGCUGGGCAAAAAGAACAAACGCUAUUCGGGAAUGUCGAAUGGACUGGAUGAUAAUGGUAUAUUGACAGUCCGUAGCUUGCUGGGCCGUCGUUUUAACGACGCACCCGAACAUGUGUACAAGACGAAUAGUUUGUCGUCGUCGCACUUGCUUACCGCACGACAUGCACAUGCAGAUAAUGGCUUGAUUGGUGUGUUUGGUGUUGGUGGUACUGGUGAAUGGUCCAAUCACCGUAGGUUGCUUGUUUAACUAAUUUCUUUCUAUUGACAUAUUUUCACACAUACACAUGUACAUACAUGUAAAUAGUAGAGUCAUACAUAGUUUUCUUUUCGUAAAUCAGUUUUUUUAUCUUUUGUGUUAAUUUUUUAAGAACUCUUUUAAGACUAAAGACUGUGCAAGUCCUUUUUAAAAGUCUGUCAAAUUCACGAAAUUCCAAAAGUGAUUUCAAGAGCAGUUACACCUUCCAUGUAAAGUGACUUUCGAAAGCAGUUUUUAUUUCCGAAGGUCAAACUUUCCGGCACUACUAUUUGUCAUUUACACAGUGAAUGUAGUAGGUUCUACUUUCACAUGUGUUAGCAGACAUUUUAUGCUUAUAACAAUAUUACUGACCUGAAAUGUUCGUUAAAAAUGCUAAAAUACGCACAAAAGAACCACAAACUGUCUCAUAUUUUAAUAUUAAAAUUGUUCAUAUCAGGAGAAUACAUAAAUUUCCAGUAUUUUUUUUUUAAAUGUGAGCCAACAUUUUUAAAAUCUUAUACCAAUUCGCCAAAAUUCGUAACACACGGCAACACUGGAUUGGUUUGACAACACUUGCAGCAAUAAUGAAAAUUGCUCGUGGAGCACGAGCAAGUUGAAAUAAUUUCUCGAAAGCGAUUUGCGUAAUUUCAGUUGCAGUUACACCUUGCAAAUUUUAUUUCCGAACGUGAUUUCUGCAAAUCUGCAAAACGGGUAUUUACACGUGAAAGUAGACUUUCCCUUUCGCAUUUUGACAGCAAAAUGUUAAGAAAAAGCGCUUGCAUUGCCACGCUUAACCGCACCUUAUUUCUUGAAAGCUAAAAAAUAGUAGCACGCUCUUCUGCACAUUGAGCUACUGCCAGAAUACGUAUAGUAGAUAAAUUUUCUCAAAUUUUCAGUUUGAAUAAAUAUUCUAAGAUUAAUGAGGCAACUCUAAAGUUAGUUGCAGCAUUUG